UCAAAAAAGAUAAUGCCUAAAUCUGAUCAGCGAGCGCUGGCGAUUUUAGAAGCUAAAACAAAACGAUUAGGCGGCCGCUAUGAAUGUGGUCAAUGUGGAAAAUGUGUCACCAUUCCCAGAGAGUUACCAGAUGGCCUUGAAUCGGUUACAAAGUGUAGAGAAAAAAAUGGCUAGAGACAAAGAGUAUUCGGUAGACUAUCGAGCCAAAAUUAAUGAUUAUUUGGAAAAGGGCUAUGCAAAAAAAUUAACAUCCGCCGAAAUACAGCAAGUUACCGAUAGAACAUUUUAUUUGCCGCAUUUUGGUGUGAGAAACCUGAAUAAGAAGGGAAUACGAAUCGUUUUUGAUGCGGCCGCAGAAGUGCAAGGAAUGUCACUAAACAAAGCUCUUCUGUCAGGACCCGACCUUAACAAAUCACUGAUUUCGAUACUCUUUAAGUUCAGGCAAGCUCCAAUCGCAGUCUGUGGAGACAUUUAAGAGAUGUUUCAUCAAAUUGUAAUAGCUGAGGAAGAUAAAGAUAGCCAGCGGUUCCUCUGGAGAAAUGGAGACCCAUCUAAGCCGGUGGAAAUAUUCAGGAUGGAGCGAAUGAUUUUCGGAGCUACUUGUUCACCCACGAUAGCGCAGUACGUAAAAAACGUUAAUGCCAAGGAAUUUGCAGCAGUGAGCCCACGUGCCGUGCACGCUAUCACUGAAAGGCACUAUCUGGACGACUACGUCGAUUGUUUUCAAACGGAGAAAGAGGCUCUAAUAGUAGUACCGGAAGUUAUUCGAAUUCAUCGAACUGGCGGUUUCGUGUUACGAAACAUAAUUUCUAAUCCGGAAAAAUUAAAAACAGCAUGUGGCAGCUCUGCAAGCAGUGAAGGUGAUGUGUGCAUUGAAAAAGAAGGGGAUAGAAUAUUAGGCAUGCACUGCUUGUCAAAACCAGAUGUUUUGGUAUACAUCUUGCGACUACAUAAAGUCCGACCAGAAAUCGUCAUGAAUGUAAGGAGGCCUACUAAAAGGGAGAUGCUGAGCCUUAACAUGACGAUCUUCGAUCCAUUCGGCUUCCUGGUGAACUUUAUGGUAAGCGCGAAAGUUUUGAUGCAGGAAGUGUGGAGAGCUGGUAUCGAAUGGGACCAUCCAUUGCCGAAUGAUAUCUACCACAAAUGGAAAAUGUGGCUUAACGAAUUGCCGAAGGUUGAGCAAUUUCGAAUUCGCGUUGCUACGUGCGCGACUUCGAAAGUAUUCUCGCAGAGUUACACAUUUUCUCUGACGCGAGUGAGGAAGCGUUGGCAGCUGUGGCUUAUUGGCGUGUGGUGAGUGAUGGUAUGGUUAUCGUUAGAUUCGUUAUGGCAAAGUCAAGCUGCGCGCCAACGCGGUACCAUACCAUACCGAAGCUUGAGCUGCAGGCUGCGGUCAUGCUGCUACGGUUAAAAGAAACUAUCGUAUUAAUCCAUAAUAAAAUCAUUAAUCGCUUCUAUUUCUGGACCGACUCGUUGACAGUUAUUCAAUGGAUUCGAGCAGAUCAUCGACGAUAUAAAGAGUGGCAGAAAUUUUAGAAGCUAGCGACAUCGGAGACUGAUGCUGGUGUCCUGGGCCUUUCAAUUCAGUCGAUGACGCCACUACAGCGAAAUUUCCGGCGAAUUAUAACCCCGAUGGACGGUGGAAAAAUGGUCCAGAAUUUUUGUUGGAAGACGAGAACCUAUGGCCGAAAGAAUCACUUAUGACUAAUAGCGAGGAGCACAGCAGAGAUGAGCUGCGCGUCAAAUACAAUAUGUCAACUACGAGGCAAGUAUACGUGAUAAUGCCAAAUAUUGAUCGCUUUUCGAAUUAUUCUAGACUAAAACGUUCUGUGGCAUGGGUACAUCGUUAUAUUCAAAAUUUUUUGAGGAAAGUGCGGCACGAAGCGCCAACCAAAGGCGAACUAACCGUUGACGAAGAGCGUCAAUCUGAAACACAUCUUAUAAAAUUCGUCCAGGAACGAGCGUAUGCCGAAGAACUUGCCGACAUAAAGCGCAAUGGCGCUGUUUCAGCCAGCAGUACAUUGAGGACACUCAACCCCUUUAUUGCAAAUAAUGGCAUGCUGCGAGUAUGCGGAAGAAUUGAAAGGGCAGCAUGCAGAGUGCAGUCGCGAUGCCAACUUUGUCGCCUGAAACGUGCCAAGCCCCAGCAACCGCAAAUGGGUGUCCUACCCUCUGACCGAGUGACACCAUACGUUAGGCCUUUCACCUAUACUGGGCUCGACUUCUUUGGCCCGAUCAGCGUAACUAUUCGUCGCCAGCGUGAGAAGAGGUGGGUCGCACUGUUCACAUGCCUCACCGUGCGUGCCAUCCAUUUAGAAGUGGCGACUGACCUGUCAAGUGACGCGUGCCUUAUCUGCAUCCGAAAUUUCAUUAAUAGACGCGGAG